CGUAGAAACAUCAACCAAAAGAUUCGCAUUUGGGAAAAGUUUGUGAGUUUAGAGUCUUUUAACAAGACGUUUAAGAUGUCAUCUCCGUCGGAUUCCUCUUCCUGAGUUUGACUAAUAGUCGCGGGUCGCGGGUGGCGGGUCCAAUGUCGCGGUCGCGGGUCCAAUGUCGCGGUCGCGGGUCCAAUGUCGCAGCAGGGGAAAAUGAUUUGGGGUUCGAGGUAACAGCUGAGUGAAAACGACUGAUAUGAACACAAUAUAAAGGGAAAAAAAUCUUUUUUAUGCACAAUACUCUACGGUAGCCAAUUUACAGGUUACGCAUGUUAGAGUCAACAAAAUAAUGUCUCAAGAAAAGACCUAAAAGAAAAAGCUGGCCGACUUUUGUGUUCAGCGCAAGUUUAUUUUUUUUUCUUUCUGUCGGGCCCAGUUAUGUGUAAAUUCAGCUUUGAAUAUACUUAUGCAUAACAGUAUCUGAUAAAAAAAGUUACCAUAAGUUACCAUUGCUUUCUUCUUGUCGAUGAAUUGCUCACAAAUGCUUAAGGGUUUAAUUACUGAAAAAUAUGCGAUACACUUCAUAGACUACAGAUUAUAAACGUUACAACAACUUAAAGCCUUUUUUUUAAAAAAAGCGAACUCGGGCUCAAAAAGAGCACGAGUCUGUCGGUAGAAGAAACGAGAACUCUUAUAUUUAACAAAUGUUUUCGGCAAAACUGAAAGAAAAUGUAAAUAGGCGCAUGAAACUUCAUUCAAGCGGUAUUCAAGGCAUGAAUUUAAUAUGGAAACAAGUAAUAAUCCACAGAAAGGAGUCUGUUCCUCGAAGCAAGAUUUUCGCUUAAUGCUUUUAUUUUUACAACUGAGACGGCAACCCAGAGAGUUCAAUAAUAUAUAGAUUUAGCCAGGGCUAAAAGCGAAGCUCCCAUUAAUAAAUUUAUAAUUUAAAUCAAACAAUAAACUUGUAAUCCACAAAUCAGUUAACUUUAAGGGAAAGCUAAGGCUAAGUGAUUUUAGAGUGAAAAAAAAAAAUCUUACAUCGAAUGGAUAGCCGUAUAUAUACACCAAAAAAAAAGCAAUUAUCUUCGAUCACAUUUUAGAGCCAUAAUGGCUCUUGAUCACAGUAGAUUAGACCUGGAAAACGAAUUUUUGGAAAACAAAUCAGGCCGAAUUUUUUGCGUUCGACAAGUUUACUUAACAAAAUCUUGCCAACAACUCUGGGAGCGUGUAAACCAACAUUUCAUACUUUUUAUACAUCACAUCUGAGACAGUGAUAUGAGGCGUUGUUUUUAUCAUAUAGACCUCAGACAAAAUGCAGUAUUUCACAAUUUUUCAAGACAAAUUGCACUCAUUCAAUAUUCAGAACCGUACGAAGCACGUAUGGGCUUUUAGCAAAACCGUUCAAAAAAUUUCCAAAAUCACCUAUACGGCCAGCCGGUUCUCACUUUUGACAAACGCCAAAUUUUCAGUGGACAUUAAAAGAGUUACGCUUCAACAUAAUAAAGAAUUUAUUGUGUUUAUUUUUUUUAUUAAAUGGUUUUAUAACGAUGUGUAAUCUUAAAAAGCGUUUGAUACGAGCAGCAUUUUGAGUACUCCUGCAAGCGUUGUUUAUGAACGACUGAAAACAAACGGCAAAGCGAUUAAAAUUGUAAGAGACUACUAACAAUCAAUAAAAGAAAUGUAAUUCGGUGAAACAUUUACAGAGACAACAAUUUUCAUUCACGAAGACAAGUAUUAAAGCGUCUCUAAAAAUCCUGAGUCUUUAAGCUUAAGCAGCUUUUAGCCGGCUUCCUGGUGUUUACUGUUUUCAAAGAUGAACUCGAGGCAAGAAAAUCGCUCAAAGCUUUCUUUCUACAGCCAAAAUUAUAACUAAAUACUCUUCGGAACGUUUUUUCGUUCUAUAUGCGGAGAGAAAAUAUCGACUAAAGGCUUUUUAAAGUUCUGUAAGAUUACAUACUAGAUCAGAUCAUUGUCUCAGAUCUUAAUACAAACGUGCAUAAAUUAGCCUCAUAAACUGCGCUCGACUUCAUGAAAUUAGAUAUAAAAAAACAAACAUACACUGUAUACAAUAAUUACUUAGGCUUACCAUUCGAGAUGCAGCUCUUGAAAGCUAUAAAGUAAGGCCAGAAUCGCUUGACGGACUUUUCAACCCGCAUCCAGCAAGGUAAAAACGAAAGCGAUGCAUCCGAAAUCGGAUUUCCAACUUUGGCAACCGGCGCAUUUCCCGACCAAAAAUUCAAUAAACAAACCAGCCAUGAAUCAAAGAAGACUGUCGAUAGCAGCUGUAUUUCAUUUUAAGCAUCCAGUGGAAAAAGACAGUAAAAAACAUCACAAGUUGAAAAAAUACUCUGUCAGCUUCAGCUGUCAAACUGAAAGUAAACAAGGUUCAAGAUGCUGUAUAAAUCAGUUUCUGCAUGAACUCACCUGUCAAAUUUUGACCAAUCAGAGCAUAAAAAUUGGACGGUCGCAGAGCGUGAUCAACGCGUGACUAUGGUGUGAAAACUGAAAAGCCUCUGUCUUCCCUGCUUGUAUUUUUAAAUGACUGGCUGAAUUUUCGAGUCCGAGAUCAGUUUGAAAUCAAAAUGUUAAUAGCGCGGGGCCAUAGUGACAUUAGCACAACACUUUCUGUCAUCAUGUCAUUAUUUUGCUGCCGUUCUCUUUGCCUUUGUAUUUCUCUUUCGCUUUGCCUUUGUCUGUUCAUUCUAGCUCUGUCUCGUUCUGCUUGCCGGCGUUUUUCACUAUAAUUUUCUCUCCUUCUUCUCGCUCUGACUCUUUCUACUUGCUUUCGUUUUUCCAAAACCAGUUGCGCGAUAUAAUUGCGCGACGUUGCGCCAUGCGAUUUCCCGCCAAAAAAUCUCUACUUUCCCCUACCCCAAGAGUCCAUGCGGACUACUUUCCACUACCCGGGAAGUCCGUACGGACGGACGUACGCUACGUCAUAACCAAAUUUUCUGGGAUGGAUAGUUUACCAAAUUUUCUUACCCAUGGUGCUCCGCUGCGCGCGCGCUUCGCGCGCGCGGGAGCUCCGCUAUAACUUCUUCCCCGAUUAGUAGGCCUGACGGCAAGCUAGAAGACUAGACACUUAAAUAAAGUUGUUGAUUGAUUGAUUGUCUUCUUGUUCUCUUCACCUAAAUGGCAACCAGGACAACCUGACAAUAGGAAGCCAUUCAAUGUGCGUCUCAGUCAAAUCUUGAAAACAUGCAUCGUAAAUAACCAAGUGAGUAAGUAGGUAAGGAAAUAAUAACGCCCGAUAUCAUGAAGCUGUAAAAGAAAGUAAACCGGACACUGAAAACGGUAAGCUAUCAACUCCACCAGAGCUAAGAAAAGAUAAUAAAUUAGGUAAGUAAUUCCAGAUUCCAGGUACUGGAUUCAAGUCUUUGUCCAUUGGAUUCCGGAUUUCAAUCGUUAUUGGGAACAAACUCCUUUCUGUGGGCAAGAGAGGAUAAAGCUCGAGCUUUAUCCCCUCUUGCUGAGGAUUAUUACUUGUUUUUUUUAUUAAAGUCAUGCCUUGAAUGCCCGCUUGAAUGUACUUUACUGGCACUUCAAGCCCAACGUCUCUCCUCCCCUUUCCAGUUACUUGUGCAAAGAGUUUAUUUUGGGAGUUUGCGACUGUUACGCGGGUAAUCUUUUAGAGGACGGGUAGCUUGCAAACUAAACUGAACGCAGGGUUAUCGGAACAGCAACAAGAAGAUUCAUUCCAAAGAUGAACGUAGUUUCCACUGAGUAAAACUCCACAACAGCACGUAACUCGUUAAACUUACACGGCCUCCGCCAACUUGAAUAAACACUGCCUUCGUCACACUUGACUAAACACGACCAACGUCAAACUCUCUUCGCUUGUGAAAACUAGUUGAAACUUAACUCGGGCUCGCCUACCUUAUAUACGUUUACAAUAAGAUUCUAGAACUUUCCAAAUAGUCUAAUUAUAGAAAGAUUACAAAAUAUACCGCUUUUAGAAACGCUUACACAAGAUCCUAAAAUAAACAAAUUAUGAACUCUCGCGAAGCUUCUAGAAAGUCACACUAGUCACAAUACAAUUUUUCGUAACAGCGACCAGGAAGUUUUUCAACAAGCGUUUUCUUUAUUUUUGCCGAAAACAUUUGUUAAAAUUGAAACAGUUCUCGUUUCUUCUACCGACAGACUCGUAGCUUUUCGAGCCCGAGUUAGCCUUUUUUAAAAGAGGUUUUAAGUUGUUGAAACGUUUAUAAUUUAUAGUCUAUGAAGUGUAUCGCACAUUUUUCAGUGAAUGCACCCCUAAGAAUUUGUGAGCAAUUCAUAGACAAGAAGAAAAUAAUGGUUACUCAUGGUAACAUUUUUUAUCAGAUACUGUUAUACAUAAGUAUAUUCAAAGCUGAAUUUACACUUAACUGGGCCCGACAGAAAGAAAACAAAAUAAACUUGCGGUGAACACAAAAGUCGGCCAGCUUUUUCUUUUAGGUCUUUUCUUGAGACAUUAUUUUGUUGACUCUAACAUCCGUAACCUGUAAAUUGGCUACCGUAGAGUAUCGUGCAUAAGAAAAGAUUUUUUCCCUUCAUAUUGUUUUCAUAUCAGUCGUUUUCAAAUCAUUUUCCCCUGCCGCGACAUUGGACCCGCGACCGCGACAUUGGACCCGCGACCGCGACAUUGGACCCGCGACCGCGACAUUGGACCCGCGACUCGCGACAUUAGACCCGCGACCCGCGACCAUUAGUCAAACUCCCUCUUCCUGCACAUCUGAAAGUGAUCUAGAAAGUUUUACAGUUGACGAAGUGAUGGGGGAAUUGUCUGAAUCUGCGCCGUACGACGACAGUUGCGAACCCCUUGCUACCGAGGAAGAAUCCGCGGACUACAACGAAAGAGUUCAUCGCGAAAAAGAAGAGAAACAACAGUUUCAGCGAAGAUAUUCGGGAGAGGUGCCAGCGAAUGAAUGGUAUGGUAUUAUCAUGGAAUGUAGAUUUAUAUUUUUAUUUUCCAAUUUCAACAUACCCGUCGUUAAAUCGUGCGCGUGACGAACGCGACUGUCUGUUUUGUUUAAGUUUACAAUUUCGUUGCUAUGUGAUUAACUGUAGUCCUGAUUUUAUGCGAUAGCUUUAUUGAAGAGGUCAGACAAUUAAUAAUUUUAUACAGACGUAUUUUUCUUGUGUUUGACGAAUUUUUCACAUUAUUUUGCAGGUGUUCGUGCUCGAACUGCUCUGUCAGCCUUGUUACAAAAGCGCAGGAGGGCAUUUGCUGCAAAGAGAUAGAUCGCUGCGAAGAGGUCAUGGAAGAAGCCAUUGGAGACCGGACCUUACGCAUAACCCUCCAUCCAGGGUUUGAAAGCGUCUGCUUAAACCGCCACGUAUUAGAAGUGGCUGCACUGGGCCUAAAAACGCGAGCUGGAAAGUCGUACACAACUGUUCGUGGGCAAAGCAACAAAAGUGAUAAUGAGUAAGUUGGGGUAUUGUUGACUUUGUAUCGGAACGAUCGAACCGUACAUAGCAUUGAAUAAUUGAUACAUCUAAGCUUAUCGCCCUGGACUGAUCUCAUAGAAUCACAUUUUUUAUUUUCUAAAUGGCUUUAUUGCCCCAACUGCUUAUUUUUAAAAGGAGUAUUUAUUUGUCUCCUUCCAAUCCUUCCUUGAAUUAACAGUGAUCUCAUUUCUCUAACUAGAUUCCUGAGGUCUGUGGCCUACCACCAAUUUACAAGACUGCUGUGGAGUUAUAUUGGUAGUUCCAGGCGAUACCCCUUGCCCUGUUGUGCCCACAAUAAAAUCAGGAAACAAUUUCCGAGUCAAAAUGGCCAUUAUCGUGGAUCCGAAGAUGAAGAAAAUGAAUAA